AUGACAUUAAAUUCAAUAGGUUAUUCAUUUGAAACAUGGAUAAGUGCAUUAAUUGGAGCUGCUCUUGUUGGUUGUAUUGGCCUUUUACCCAUUUUUAUUGUUCCAAAUGAACAAACAAAAAAAGAUAAACCAUAUUUGGAAUUAUUAUUAAGUGUUGCUGUUGGUAGUCAAUUAGGUGAUGUAUUUCUUCAUUUAUUACCAGAAGCAUUUGCUCAUCCACAAGCAUCAUCGAUUAGUAUUGGUCUUUGGACUUUAACAGGUUUAUUUAUUUUUUUUCUUAUUGAACAAAUAUUUCCAGAAGAUGAAGACAAUUCUUCUUCGGAAACAAAUCAACAAAAUCAAAUAUUAGCGGUAUUUAUAAAAACAAUUUUGAUCUUAUUAAAUAAUUACAAAGAAUUGUUUUACUUUUAGAAUAUUAUACCAACAGAAAAAAAAA